GCGCCCAGGAGGCGCUGAGGCGUGGAGCGGGGAAUGGCGCUGACGGCCGGGGCUCGGCUGGGGCGGCUGCUGAGCGGACCGGGACCGGGGCUGCGGGCGGGGCGAGGGCACCGGACGGCGGCCGGGCGCUCGCCGAGCUCGCGCGAGGCGGACGCCCCUGUGUUCCAGUACGUGGGCGAGCGGGCAGCCCGUGCCGACCGCAUCUUCGUGUGGGGCUUCAGCUUCUCGGGGGCGCUGGGCGUGCCCACCUUCGUGCUGCCCAGCGCUGGGCCCAAGCCUCGCGCCGGCUCGCGGCCGCCCCGCAGGAUCCAGCCCGUGCCCUACCGCCUGGAGCUGGACCAGAAGAUUUCCUCUGCUGCCUGUGGCUAUGGAUUCACGCUGUUAUCCUCUAAAACCAAGGACGUGACGAAAGUUUGGGGUAUGGGGCUCAACAAAGAUUCCCAGCUUGGAUUUCACCGGAGCCGCAAAGAUAAAACCAGGGGGUAUGAGUAUGUACUGGAGCCCUCGCCUGUCCCACUGCCUCUGGACAGACCUCAGGAGACACGGGUGCUGCAGGUGUCCUGCGGCAGAGCCCACUCUCUCAUCCUGACAGACCGCGAAGGAGUCUUCAGCAUGGGAAACAAUUCUUACGGGCAAUGUGGAAGAAACGUGGUCGAAAAUGAAAUUUAUAGUGAAAGUCACAAAGUCAACAGAAUGCAGGACUUCGAUGGACAGGUGGUUCAGGUGGUUUGUGGCCAGGACCAUAGCCUGUUCCUGACGGACAAAGGAGAAGUCUACUCUUGCGGCUGGGGCGCCGACGGGCAAACGGGUCUGGGUCACUACAAUAUCACCAGCGUGCCCACCAAGCUGGGCGGGGACCUGGCCGGAGUGAACGUCGUGCAGGUGGCCACCUACGGUGACUGCUGCCUGGCCGUGUCUGCCGAGGGCGGCCUCUUCGGAUGGGGGAACUCGGAGUAUCUGCAGCUGGCCGCCGUCACCGACGCCACCCAGGUGAACGUCCCCCGGUGCCUACCCUUCUCGGGAGUAGGGAAGGCGAAGCAGGCUGCGUGCGGCGGCACGGGCUGUGCCGUGUUAAAUGGAGAAGGACAUGUUUUCGUCUGGGGCUACGGAAUUCUUGGGAAAGGACCGAACCUUGUGGAAAGUGCCCUUCCCGAGGUGAUCCCGCCCAGUCUCUUCGGCCUGACGGAGUUCAACACGGGAGUCCACGUUUCCCUAAUCCGAUGUGGCCUCAGCCACUUUGCUGCCCUGACCAACAGAGGAGAGCUGUUUGUGUGGGGCAAGAACAUCCGCGGGUGCCUGGGCAUCGGCCGUCUGGAAGACCAGUAUUUCCCGUGGAGGGUGACCAUGCCUGGGGAGCCCGUGGAUGUGGCGUGCGGUGUGGACCACAUGGUGACUCUGGCCAAGUCCUUCAUCUGAAGCUCGACCCUGGAACUUGGCCUCAGAACCCCUUGGACUGCUUGGCAGAGACCCCAGCGGGGCUGUUGCCGGGGGUCAGAGAGGACCCAGACCCCUUGUGACGCGUGACGCUCUCUGCCAGUGCCCUUAGCAAGAACUGGAAGUCCCGGGACUCAGGCCCCUCUCUGGCCGAGGGUGGGACCCCCUGCAUCAUCAGGGGAUGGCUGUCCUCAUCCGGCCAAGCACCAGCGAGAGGGGCCCCGGGCUGUGUCUCAUCCGACCCGAGCAGCUGGCCUGAGGGAAGCUUAGCUCUAAGCCAUGCCGUUCUGUUUGCGCUUGAAGGUUGCCUGAUGGCUCUAGUGGCCAGGAGGGGUUCCGUAAGCCUCGGACCCCAGCAGAGCUCGUGGUGGGCUUGUGGGCGUCAGGGCGAGUCCCCGCCUGAGUGCGGGAGCCGGGCUGAGAAGCUCGGAGAAGUUAGAGCGAGGCCACGUUCUUGUGCACCAGAUACCCCUGCUUUCAGAAGCGUGGCUGGAGGGCCAGCCCCGGAGGAGAGACCCAGAAAUCACGGAAAACAGUUGAGGUCGUAACGUCAACUUGGCCUUUCGUUUAAAAACAUCUUUGGAAAAUCUCUUUUGGAAUAAAGUCUAUUUUCUGCCUUUUUGUUUUUGAGCA